AUGCAUACAUCAUGUAGUACUGUGCUUUUGAUUGCGUUGUGUUAUGCUGUUGGCUCAUCUUCAAGCCAACCUCUUCCGCUGUCAUUGACGAAAAAGGCGCUUUCCAGCGCUUCGGAGUAUUAUUCUUCAGCGACGGACCGUUUGCCAUUUUAUGCUGGCCGCGUAGAACGAUGGGCCAGCACAGCCCCUAAGCGAGAAUAUCGCCAAUGGAAUAUGGAUCCUGUUUUGCCACUGCUCGGACCCAUAGCGCCUUCUGUUAAAACAGCCUCAUGGACCGUAGAUGUGGCUCCACGUCGAUCCACAAAUCCAAUCUACCAAACUGAGCAGUUGGACCCUAUUUUAGUGGCACCUCUACCACCCGUGAUGAAUGAACUGCCGUUGCGAACUCCAGCAAGUGACUCCACUGCACCAAAGAAGAAAGUGCCAACUGUCAUGAUUGAUCGCAUAGUAGCAGACCAUUCAGUAUCUGUUUCCGGUACGGUCGCCAAACAUCGAGCCCACCAUUUUCGUCAAUUCGUGGGGAUGGAUGACCAGGGUCAUAUAUUUACUAUCGACUUACCAAGCCCCAAGACAGGACCAAGCUACUAA